GGAUUUGGGAGGCGGGGUCCCGGCGCUGUGCUCGCGCUCCUAGCGCGCCAGUCCGGGGCUGCAGGGAGCGCAGCGCGCGCGGCCCGGGCCCCGGCCACCGGACGCUCUACCGGACACGACCCUCCCUGGAGCUUGGACAGCUGCCCACCUUGGACACUGCACCGGACACUUCCCCCCACAGGGCUGGACACUACAACGGACAGUACUUCCCAGCUCCGGACAUUGCUCCCUCCUCCCCCUUGGGCCCUGGACGCUCUUCCCCCUCCCCCUCCGGGGGCCCAGACAUUGAACCCCCCGCAGGCUCUAGCUAGGGACCCCUUGCACCCCAGCGCCAGACACUGCCUUCUCCCUGUCCCCUUCUCCCUUCCCCUCCUCCUGCCUCUUCUUUCCCCCGCUUGUGUCGGAGCCCAGCCAGUUUCUCCGAACCCCUGCUGCUCGGCCCCGGCUGUCCGUGCCCCUAUCCCCCGGCUGCUCGCCCGGAUGCCUCUCCCCGGGGGAUUGUGGUGGCUCCUCUGCUGCCGUCGAGGCUUUACUCUUCUUCAUCGGGACUACGGGGACGGCGAGCUUAGCGGGGACGGGGACGAGGACGAGGACGAGGAGACCUUUGAGCUACGGACCCCGAGUCCAGCGGGCGGCGGGAGGGAGCAGCGCUGUCCUGGGGGCAGAAACCACGGGCAUCCCGCGAGGAGGGCUUUGAUCCUGAGCUUGUUUCCCCAGGGUCCCCUGGACGUGACGCUGACUCAGCCUGUGAGAAGCGGACCUAUCUCAGACAGGCUGCAGAGCUGGGAGGAGACGCGGAGCCUCAUCCCGGAGAAGGGGCCGCUGGAGGACGACACGGACGUCGUGGUGAAAGGUUGGCUAUAUCGCGAGCCUCGCGGAGGAGGGGCACGGCCCUGGUUGCCCCCGCGCCGGGCCUGGUUUGUGCUCACCCGGGACUCCCUGGACCAGUUCAGCAGCAGCGGGAAAGGGGCGCGGCGCCUCGGGAGCCUUGUGCUCACCAGCCUCUGCUCUGUGAUCGGCCCGGAGCGCAGGCCCAAGGAGACAGGUCUGUGGUCAGUGACCGUGUCUGGCCGGAAGCACAGCAUCCGGCUGUGCUCUCCACGUCAGGCUGAGGCAGAGCGCUGGGGGGUGGCCCUGCGCGAAGUGAUCGCCUCCAAGGCGCCCCUGGAGACCCCCACCCAGCUGCUGCUCAGGGACAUUCAGGAGAGUUGUGGAGACCCAGAAGCGGUGGCACUCAUUUACCAUCGGAACCCCAUUCUGAGGCACACCAGUGGGGCCUUGUAUGCCCCACUCCUGCCCCUGCCCUAUGGAGUCAGCGCCCCAGGUCCGGGCUACGCACCCUUGCGGGAGGAGGCGGUGAGGCUGUUCCUGGCGCUGCAGGCCCUGGAGGGGGCGCGGCGCCCAGGGCCCCUGAUGCAGGGUGUACUCCAGACCUGCCGGGACCUGCCCGCGCUCCGCGACGAACUCUUCCUGCAGCUGGCUAAGCAGACCUCGGGCCCCGCGGGCCCCCCCGGGCUCCCGGCUACCGAAGACCCCGCGGCCCUACGGUACUGGCAGCUCCUUACCUGCAUGAGCUGCACCUUCCGGCCUGGGAGAGAUGUACGGGGGCACCUCCUGGGACAUCUGGAGAGGACUGAGCAGGCGCUCCCGGACUCAGAACUGGCAGAAUACGCACGCUUCAUUCGCAAAGCCCUGGGCCGGACGCGCGGCCGAGAGCUGGUGCCCUCGCUGGCGGAGAUUUAUGCGCUGAGCCGUCGGCAAGAGUUGUUGUGCACCGUGCACUGUCCAGGGGCUGGUGCCUGCCCUGUGGCCAUAGAUUCCCAUACGACGGCGGCAGAGGUUGCUCGAGAGCUGGUGGGGCGACUGGGCUUGGCCCGGAGCCGCCACGCAUUCGCGCUGUACGAGCAGCGAGGGACCCAGGAGCGAGCCCUGGCUGGGGGGACUCUCGUGGCCGACGUGCUCACCAGGUUUGAGAAUUUGGCAGCGGAAGAAGCCGAACCCGAGGACUCAUCCGACUCCAGGUGGAGACUGUGUCUGCGUCUUCACGGACCUCUGCACCCUGAGGGGCUGUCCCCAGACGGUCACGAACUGCCUUUCCUCUUUGAGCAGGCUCACGCUCUGCUGCUGCGCGGCCGACCGCCCCCGCCCGACGACGCGCUGCGCGCCCUGGCAGCGCUGCGCCUGCAGAGCUUGCAUUUGGACUUCUCCCCGCGGGUGCCGCUGCCUCGCCUGGACCACUUGCUGCCGCCCCGAGCCCCGCCUCGUGAAGACCCUACUCGCUCGAUUCCCAGGCCUCCCCCCUCUGCCGCCCUGCUGGCCGGGGCAAUCUGGAGCCCAGGCCUGGCUAAGAGGAGAGCGGAGCGGGCCCGGCGCGGCGGGGCGGGCCGCACAGCGGGAAGCUUGGCCCGAGAGGGAGGAGGUGGCACAGGCACUGCGGCUGCUGUGCUGGGAGGCUGGAAGCGGCUACGGGGCAUGGGCCGAGCUGAGGCCAUGGCUGCCUACCUGGCUCUGGCGGCGCAGUGUCCAGGGUUCGGCGCUGCUCGGUAUGACGUUCUGGAGCUGAGCACGGAGCCUGGUGGGGGCGCUCCACAGAAGCUAUGCCUGGGCCUGGGAGCCAAGGCCAUGUCCCUCUCCCGACCGGGUGAGACAGAGCCCAUCCACAGUGUCAGCUAUGGCCAUGUGGCCGCCUGCCAGCUAAUGGGCCCCCACACCCUGGCAUUGAGGGUGGGAGAGAGCCAGCUCCUCCUGCAGAGUCCCCAGGUGGAAGAGAUCAUGCAGCUGGUGAAUGCCUACUUGGCCAACCCCUCCCCUGAGAGGCCCUGCAGCAGCCCUUCUCCCUGCCAAGACCUGCCAGACACCUCCUCUCCCAGCCAGCACCCGGGCCUGGAGGAGCCCCAGGGACAGUCUGGCUGUUUGGGGCAGCUGCAGGAAUGAGCCUGCCAAGAGGUCGUGACCUCCCUCCUGUCUCCAGCCUGGACCUGGACUGCGCUGAUAUUUGAGGGAACCAUGGACCCUUUUGGCCCUGCAGGGACAGGGCACACCCCACACCCAAAGGCUGCGAUGGGUGCAGACAAUUUUCUAGUUUGUUUCUUAAUUUAUUUGUAGAAGAGAAGCAAAAAAAAAAAAAAAAAAAAAAAAUCCUUAUUUACACAAA